AUGAUAAAGGCAAUCUUCUACAGUAAAUUUGACACGAUAGAGGGGCCUAAAGUUGUUCAUCAAGUCCCUGACGGAGCCAUCGUACCUUCCCCCACCGCCCCCUCACAACCACCAUUUCUCACCUUCUCCGAUGUUUCCUUCUUCGUGAUUCCCCGCCAGGAGCUCUGUGGAAACCUUUUGCAAGUCUGCACAAACGGAUAUCGUAUCCUAGGCUACCCAAUCUGCAUGAAGUCAGUUCGGUAUGACCGCAAUGAGUUCAUCUUCAACUUCUGCAUAGUCCUCGCCGAGGAGGAAGACUUCAGCACGUAUAAGAGCGUGGUGCAGAAGCUUGCAGAUCUAAUGCAUGGUCUGGAAGAGCAAAGUGGUUUCUUGUCCCGCGAUUUCUCGAAGAGUGGCGAGGGGAAGGUAUACAGUCUCUGUGAAAUGUUAAUGGAGGACUUGAACAAUUAUUGCGAGUGCAUGAUUCCCAUUGACGAAUUGAACACUCUGAACAUCAAGCUUUUCCCGAUAUAUCCCUCUCCCCCAACCGUCAAGGCCUGGCAAGUGCCCCUCUUCACGUUGCGAUACCAGGCCUUCAUGGAUGAGAACUGGGACUUGACCAUGCAGAGAAUCGUACCACAUAUCAACGGCGUCAACAGUGUCCGCAUCAUCUCCAUCCUAGCCGACACAGACUUCUCCCUCACCUGCCGCGCCCUCCGACAUCUCCUGUACUACGGCUGCCUGUUUAUCCUAGACAUCUUCUCCUUCUCCUCCAUCUACGCCCCAACGGCCCAAUUCAGCCAAACAAUAGCUUCCGACGAAGCAAUGCAACUAGAAUGUGCCCGCUACGUAAACCUCCGUUUCGCACCACACCCAGCAAUCGGGCCAGACUCCCCUCUCCCUGCAACCCUAGCCCGAACCCCAAGCGCCAAUGGCAGCACAAAUGGCAGCACAGGAACGGCCCACCUCUCCAGCUCUCUCACCACAGACCCAGCACCAAGCCUCACACGCGAUGAAUCACGCUUCGACGCCGAAGAAAUCUGGCCCCUCCUAGGCGCCGAAGAAGGCCCCUCCAAUUCCACCUCCACGACAUCCACAACCGCACUCCACAAACCAGCGCUUGUCGACGGUGUCGGGCUUGUCGAGCUCUAUGCAGGCCUAAAACAAGGCCAGAGCGUCAAGCAAUGGUACGCAGCGCACAGUCGCUCCCUAGCCAACAUCGACAUCCGCCGUUUCAUCACCUUCGGCGUGAUAAAGGGCUUUUUGUACCGCGUGCACAAAUAUGCCUGUGCAACGAGCCAACCUGCGCCCCCGCCGCGCGCUUCCUCGUUCACGCCAACGGCGCUCUCGUCCCGCGCGAACACGGGGACUAAUACACCCUAUGCGGUCUCGAGUGUCUCGGAGGACGCGCCGAUCUCCGCGGUUGCGAGAGCGGAGUAUAGUCGUGAGCGGGCUGGGUCGUCGAUAAGUGGUGGUCGGAAUGGGAAUGGGAGUGGAGGGGCGCCGUCGGCAUUUUGGGAGGAGGAGGAUGAGGUUGUCGGGGAUGAUGUUCUUGGGAAGUAUCUUGAUGGUACGCAUUGCUUUGAUCAGAUUUGUACGGAGUUGGAGAUGAGUGAGAGGGAGUUGACGGCUAGACUGAAGAGGUAUCCUUGGGAGGUGUUGAUUGCACGCACUAUGGAAAAUUGA